AUCCUCGGCUGUAAUACGAUCACGUGACCCCAGUGUUUACAUCCUCUCAGCUGUUUGGCUCAUUUCGCCUCCCCCCAGCUCCUUUCUCUCUGCGCCUCUCACAUCAACACAAACAGAACCAGCGAUAGCGCAUGAAAGGGGCGGAGAGAGGUUAACCCUGAAGACAGCCUUCCUCUUCCCCUCCACCACCCAGUUAGCAACACCAUCUGAGAAAAAAAAAAACCCUUUCCCCCCGAGAAGUGGAGUCUGAGGUAGUCCUUUUUUCUUUCCGCGCUGGUUGGUGCCGCUUCACUUUCACAGUCACCCACACACCCUCCAGAGCUUCACCCCCCCGUUCCCCUUUUGGGAUUCACAGGACACCGCGGAAGGCUGCCACACACUGGGUCGACAUCUUCAUCAAGCUAUCCACUAUGACCCCAAGGUCUCGUUCCUGAUCUGUCACCAACACAGAUUCAGCAGAGUAACUCUGUGAUGAUGCAGAAAAAUACAGCCAAGAAAAGAUAGGCCAGAAGACUUUUUCCCAGAAUUAUCUUUUUUAAUAGGAUUCUCUUGCAAAGCGGCAUUGAACCAGACAGGAUUGGAUCCCCUUCUGCACGGAAACGUCAAACAAGAACCUGCCAAUGUAUUGGCGAAGCUUAAUUGAAUUGGUAUAGAACAUCAUCAUGGGAGGAGCUGUGAGUGCAGGAGAAGACAAUGAUGAUUUAAUUGAUAACUUGAAAGAAGCACAAUAUAUUCGUACUGAGAGAGUGGAGCAAGCCUUCAGAGCUAUUGAUCGUGGUGACUACUAUCUAGAAGGCUAUAGGGACAAUGCGUAUAAAGAUUUGGCUUGGAAGCAUGGAAAUAUACAUUUAUCAGCACCUUGCAUUUAUUCUGAAGUCAUGGAAGCAUUGAAACUUCAGCCAGGAUUAUCUUUUCUUAAUCUGGGUAGUGGAACCGGCUAUUUAAGCACAAUGGUGGGAUUAAUAUUAGGCCCUUUUGGAAUAAAUCAUGGGAUAGAACUUCAUCCAGAUGUGGUGGAAUAUGCCAAGGAAAAACUGGAGAGCUUCAUUAAAUAUAGUGAUAGUUUUGAUAAAUUUGAAUUUUGUGAACCUGCUUUUGUAGUUGGCAACUGCUUGCAAAUAUCAUCAGACAGUCAUCAGUAUGACCGGAUUUACUGUGGAGCUGGUGUACAAAAAGACCAUGAGAACUACAUGAAAAUAUUGUUGAAAAUUGGAGGCAUUUUAGUUAUGCCUAUAGAAGAUCAGCUAACCCAAAUACUGAGAACUGGACAAAAUACUUGGGAAAGCAAAAACAUCCUUGCUGUUUCAUUUGCUCCACUUGUGCAGCCAAGCAAGAGUGAAACCAGCAAAAAUGAUACUGUGGGACUUCCCCCUUGUGCUGUUAGGAAUCUACAGGACUUGGCUCGGAUCUACAUUAGGCGUACUCUUAGAAACUAUAUAAAUGAUGAGAUGCAAGCCAAGGGUAUUACUCCAAAGCCUCCACCAAAACGUAAACGCAGACGGUGCCGUAGGCGCAGGAUUAACACCUAUGUGUUUGUAGGCAACCAACUCAUUCCUCAGCCUCUAGAUAGUGAAGAAGAUGAAAGGAUGGAAGACGACAACAAAGAAGAUGAUGAUAAAGAUCACAGUGAAACCUUGAAGCCAGAAGAACCCCCAAGAAAUUUAUUGCGGGAAAGAAUUAUGAGUCUGCCACUCCCUGAAUCUCUAAAAGCCUACUUGACAUACUACAGAGAAAAAUAACUUGUUUUAAGUAGAAGUAAUAAUGCCUACUUGAUAGUUCCAUUCUUGAAAUGUAGCAUUUACUGAGGAAAACAUGGACAAAUUCCAGUAGUCUUUGAAUGAGACUAAAGUGAGUGAUGACAUGAAACAUAACUUGUCUUAACUUUGCUACAAGGACUUGCAUUUAGCAGUAAACUCCUAUUUUAAAUCCAUUUUUCGUUACCUUUUGAAAAAAUACUCUUUUAACUCUGGUAGAAAUAUAUUCCAAAGCAGUAUACAGCACUAAUUAAGAGUUUGCAUGCGAUAAAUCUCUUUUGCACUCUGACAAAUCUGUAUUGAUGAAAGUUAGUGAAUUUUUUAUGUGUGAAUUGAAUAACUACUUUCAGACAUCAAUAGGAACUAUCUGCAUUAAUUCUCCAAAAGAAGUUCUUGAACAUGCAGACAGUUAAUUUCAUUGAAUUGGAACCCUUUAUUUUACCAUGGCUGUAUUGCAAUCAUCGUUCCUCUGUUGAUGUGGUUGUAUUCAAAGGAAUACAUGAGUGCAAUAACUACGUGCAGACAUUGAAUGAGCUGGCUUUAAUGAAAUAUGAACUUUCGAGUUCAAAAAUGUUUUAUGGUCCUGCUACACUUCUUUAUAUAUUUUGCCAAAAGAUCUCAAGAAAAGUGACUGCUUCUCUCUCAGAGCCUUAAAAAAACCCUUCAGUUAACUAUAUAAAGUUUUUUAAAAAAUGUAUUACAACCCUGUUUCUUUAACACCAGCCUAUGAUAGUCAAAAUUUCUCAAACUUUCCAGCAUUUAUGAAAAAGUAUUUAGUUUCUUUUUAAAAAAUUCAUGGUACAGAAAGCAUAUUUCAUAUAUAAACGUAAUUUAGGUUUAACUAUUUUCUACUUUAUAGAGUAGAAUAUGUAAAAAGAGUACUUUGUGUUGCUUAUUUGCAUAGCUGUAAUGGUAGAUUUUUUUUUUUUUAAAGAUAGGUUAAGGAGGUGCACUUUACAUGGAUUCUGUACUUAUUUAUCUCUGCUAAGGCAAGAUGUUUGGUUCCUACAUUUGGUAUUGUUACUCGUCCUGUUGGAAAUUAUUAGUAGCAUUGCAGACUUGGAGGAUGACAUUGCUUGACUGUAUUCCAUCUGCUAGCUCCCCCCUCCCCCAGUUUAUUUAAUGACAUUGUUUGAAGGGAUUGUUUAUCUUUUUGCAUGAUGGAGUAUGUAAUUUUCACUAGCAUUAUAAUUUAGUGUAAAAUCAGUGAAAUAAAAUGGAGCUCAACAUAUGCUGUAAAAACUGCAACUGUUAAGGACACCUUAUUUGUUUGGACCCAAUCAAAAGCAUUCCUUAGGGACAAUUUACUCCCUGCACAAUUUAUUAUUCUAGUUAUAUCACUACACAAUGAAAAUUGUUGAAGUGAAAUAAAAUCAGAAUAUAUGAUGAACAUUUUUCAUUUUCUCAUAGCCCGAUAGUUCAUAGAUGAUAACUAGUUAAACUGCAUCUGAUCUAGCAGUCAUGUUUUGUGGCAGCCACUUUACAAUGUAAAUAAUAUCUUAAUUGGUCACUGUCUAUGAUAUAUAUAGUUUUACUUAACAGGUUAGAUCUCAUGCUUUAAUUUGCUAAGUAAAGUAUUUUGUAUAUCCAAUAACAAUUCAGCUCUAUAAAAACAAUUCUGGUUUAACUAGCUUGUUGAGUUACAAAUUUACACUAAUGAAUAUAUACUUGUUGCUAGAAAUAAGUAUGCCAGCCUUAUUUACAGCAAUAAAAACUGACAAAUAGUACGGUAUCCUGUUGCUGUAAAACUACUGCAGUAGUUUUGAAGGUUUACCUGUGGGAAGCAUUGACUGAAGUCACAUCUAUUUUAUUUUAUUAGAAGGAAUGAAGUUUUAUGCAUUCUGAAAUUCAAGUUAUAUCUUGUCUUGGAAUUUCAUCAUCCUUUUAGAAUUUUUCAUAUUUGCUCAAUCUUCACAGAUUAAAAUGUUAAAUAAUUUUUCAACAAGAAACCUUUAGCCAGUAGGCUUUGGAAGAAUGACUUCAUGUGUUUUUCCAUUCUGUUGUUCAAAUAGACAGUAGAUUAGUUAUGAAUAUGUAUUAUGUAAUUAUUGGAGUCACAGAAGCAAUGUUUCUUUUGUGUUUGUGGGUUUAUUUCACGUUCUUGGAUUUAUAUUUACUUUUAAAAUAAAAGUGUAAAAAUGCAAAAUGAAUCAAAAUUAAACUUUGUCAUAAUUACAA